ACUCCCAACUUAAUACCGUUAUAUACCUUACAACGCACUACGUUCGUGCUUAGCCUCGGUUGAGAAUUCUCCUUUACAACUUCUUCACACACUGGUUUUCCCUACUUACAACUAUAAAGCAGAGAAACCAACUUUGAUGAAGAAAGAGGGAGAAUAAUAUAAAGUUUAAAAAUGGCGGAUAGAUGAUUUCCAGACUAAGAGAGAGAGAGUGUGUAGUAGUCUCAAAGCAAAAGAUAAUCCACCAUCUCUAUCAUCUAACUGCAAAAGAUUUCGACCCCAUUUCUCCAAUAAAGCUUUUUAUUCUCACUCAUCUCUCAAUUUCCCUUUCUCCCUUUUUCAGCAAUCUCUGAUUGUGUUGAAAAAUCAGACAUAAAAUUGACAAAAUACAGAUUUUCUGGGAGAAUUUAAUCAAGGAUUUUUAUUAUUUUGAUUUUUUAGAGGAUAAUUGGGAGUUGGGUUGUCUUAAUUACUUGCCCAUUUUGUCUUUUUUUGGGCAUGAUUUGUUAAGAUUUGAUUUGAUUUUGAUUCUUUUAUUAUUCUUUUUCCACUUUGAUUAGUUCAUUUUCUUUGGAUUUUUUUUUUGUGGGAAAAAAAUUUGAUUUGGAGAAUUUGGUGGGGCUUUAAUGGCGGCGAGUGAUGCUUUAUCGUUUAGUGUGGCGUCUGUUGUUGAAGAUGUUCUUCAACAACAUGGAAAUCGGCUUAAAGGUCUUGAUUUAGAUUCCAGAAGAGCUGAGGAAGCUGCUAUGAGAAGAUAUGAAGCAGCCAGCUGGCUGAGGAAAAUGGUGGGGGUAGUGGCGGCGAAAGACUUGCCAGCCGAGCCGUCAGAAGAAGAUUAUAGGCUUGGCUUGAGGAGUGGGUUAAUACUAUGUAAUGUUCUUAACAAGGUUCAACCUGGAGCUGUGCCAAAGGUGGUUGAGAGCCCCACUGAUUCUGCCUUGCUUCCUGAUGGAGCAGCUUUAUCAGCUUAUCAGUACUUUGAAAACGUGAGGAACUUUCUUGUAGCAGCAGAAGAAAUGGGACUUCCUACCUUUGAUGCAUCUGAUCUUGAGCAAGGAGGGAUAUCAGCAAGGGUGGUGAAUUCUGUUCUAGCUCUCAAAUCUUACCAUGAAUGGAAGCAGACCGGUGGAACUGGAGUGUGGAAAUUUAGUGGAAACGUAAAACCCACCAUGUCUGUGAAACAAUUUGUGCGUACAAAAUCGGAGCCUUUCACUAAUUCCUUGACUCGAAACUCAUCAAUGACGGAGAAAUCCUUGAAUGCCCUUUCUCACGACAUUGACACUAACAAAAUGCCAAGUUCCCAUUCGUUGAGUGCACUUGUGCAAGCACUUCUAUCAGAUAAGAAUCCUGAAGAAGUUCCACAGCUUGUGGAGUCAGUUCUUAGUAAGGUUGUGGAGGAGUUUGAGCAGCGCAUUGGCUCCAAAAACAAUAUGGCUAAUCUACCAAGGCAAGCAACAACAAAAGAUUUCUCUGUAUCACAUGGGAAGAAAUCGUUUUCAAAGAUGUCUUCUGCUAACUCUAAGGUAGAACAUAGAACUUACUCGUCGACCAAGAAGCAGGAAAACAAUCACAUUCAUGCUGAACAAUUGAGAAUUCAAAAAAUGAAGCAACUAGAGAUCUUUGAUCGGCAAGGAAGAGAUAUCCAGGAGCUGAAGCACACUGUUCGUACAACAAAAGCAGGCAUGCAGUUUAUACAAACAAAAUUUCAAGAGGAUCUUCAAAAUCUUGGUGCACAUAUGUAUGGUCUAGCUCAAGCUGCCAGUGGAUAUCACAAGGUUCUCGAAGAAAAUCGCAGGUUGUACAAUGAAGUACAAGAUCUCAAGGGUAGUAUUAGGGUUUAUUGUCGGGUAAGGCCCUUCUUAGGUGGGAAGUCAAGCUAUGUUAGUACUAUCGAACACUUUGAGGAGGGAAAUAUUUCAAUCAGGGCACCAUCUAAACAUGGAAAGGGUCUCAAAUCCUUCGGCUUCAACAAAGUGUUUGGUCCAUCAGCAACACAGGCUGAAGUCUUCUCCGAUAUGCAGCCACUGAUUCGUUCUGUUCUUGAUGGAUUUAAUGUAUGCAUAUUUGCAUAUGGCCAGACAGGUUCAGGGAAAACAUUUACAAUGUCUGGACCUAAAGACCUCACAGAGCAGAGUCAAGGUGUAAACUACAGGUCUUUGGGUGACUUAUUUUAUCUCGCGGAACAAAGAAAAGACACUUUUCGCUAUGAUGUUGCGGUUCAGAUGAUUGAGAUAUAUAAUGAGCAAGUCAGAGAUCUUCUUGUUAGUGAUGGGCUCAAUAAAAGAUUAGAAAUCCGUAACAGUUCUCAAAAUGGACUCAACGUCCCAGAAGCAAGUCUUGUUUCAGUAUCAUCGACAUCUGAUGUCAUUCAUCUGAUGAAUGUUGGACAUCGUAACAGGGCAGUUGGUUCAACGGCCUUAAAUGACCGUAGUAGUCGUUCUCACAGUUGCUUGACCGUUCAUGUUCAAGGGAAAGACUUGACAACUGGAGCAGUGUUGCGUGGCUGCAUGCAUCUGGUUGACUUGGCAGGUAGUGAAAGGGUGGAUAAAUCAGAGGUGACCGGAGAUAGGCUAAAGGAGGCACAGCACAUCAACAAAUCUCUCUCAGCUCUAGGGGAUGUGAUUGCUUCUCUUGCACAAAAGAACUCACAUGUUCCAUACAGGAAUAGCAAAUUAACACAGUUGCUCCAAGAUUCACUAGGAGGGCAGGCCAAGACACUAAUGUUUGUCCACAUAAGUCCUGAAGCUGAAGCUGUUGGAGAGACUUUAAGUACACUUAAAUUUGCAGAGAGAGUAGCCACUGUCGAACUUGGUGCUGCACGAGUGAACAAAGAUGGUGCAGAUGUAAAAGAGCUCAAAGAGCAGAUUGCCAGUCUUAAGGCAGCCUUGGCAAGGAAGGAUGCAGACUCUGUUCGUUCUCACCAGUCAGGAUCCAGCAGUCCUGAGAGAUAUAGAGGGAAAGUGGAUGGCCCUUCCCCCCUUAGUUCCAACCAAAUUGGAGGAAAUGCAUUGUUUGAUUUAAGUAGACAUCAGCAAGUGAUGGGAGAUAUCGGCAACAUAGAGGACUGUAACAAGUCUGCAUCAAGACAAAAAAGGCAAAGCUUUGAUCUCGACGAGGUGUUGAAGAAUUCACCUCCUUGGCCCCCUGUAAAUAGUCCUGGGCAAAAUUAUGUAUAUGACGAGAAGGACUUGGAUUCUGGUGAUUGGGUAGAUAAGAUCAUGGUUAACAAGCAUGAAUCACUUCCCAAAACAGGGAACCGUUUAUGCUGGGAUGCAGCAGACAAUGGACAUACGGCUGAUUCAUUCUACCACAAAUAUUUCCCUGAUGGAUCCAAAUUAUAUUCAGAACAAUCGUACAACAUGUUCAGUGGAAGUAAUCAAUUCGAAGUGACUAAUGCAGAUGACUUGGAUGAGAUUGAUGCUGCCACAAGCGACUCAUCUGAGCCAGAUUUGCUGUGGCAAUUCAACCACAGUAAACUCCCUACACUUUCAAAUGGUAUUGGGUUGAAGUCCAAGAAAGUUGAUGCGAAACCAGCUAAAAGUCCAGAUUUGAGCAAGCCUAUGAUUCCCACGUUCAGCCCUUCACCAUCAAGGAAGCUACCAAAUGGAAACCAAAAAAUUGGAAGGCAGCAACCUGUAUCAGUUGAAGCGAAACGGAGAGCUGGAAAUAGAAAGUAGUAAAAAAGAUUGAUUGUUUUAUUACGGGUAACUUUACCCUCUUCAUUUUCUUUCUUUUCCCUGGGGUGUUUUUUUGUCCCUUCGUUUAUAUUGGUGAUGGCUAGUAUUUGGGGUGAAAGAGAGAAAUGUGUGACAUACAAUAUAUUUUUUUGUUCUUUUGUAAGAUUUAUUACCUAUACAGUUGAGCAAUAAUUCCAGUUGCUUGAAUUUGUAUACAAACUAAGAAUUAAAAAAAGCUGAGGAGUUCCACUUGUGUCCAUAUCAAAUAUUUGUAUGAGGUUGUUUCCUGGA